UCGCCAGUUAUCGUGCAGAUAACGAACUUCAACAGAAGCCAAGAGGCAUGUGUGUUUGCGCCUACUUCAAACUACACGGCGAAGCCCGAGCGCGGGAAGUUUAGUGCGUCAGCGGCGUCACGUCGAACUUUCCGAGCUGAGUAAUAGUUAAAGUUGCAGAGGCAGCCUUUGGCUGGGCACAAAUCAGUUAGCUUGCCUGAAAAUCGACGGGAGCCACUUUGUCAAAAGCAGUUGUAGUAGACGAAAGCGGCCGAAUCCUGGGAUGGUCGGAAGGUCACCCUGUAAACCACUGGCUUGUUGGAAUGACAGAAUGCCAAAGACGUGUCUAUGAACUUGUUCUGGCUGCCAAGGAAAAUGCUGGUCUUAGUCACGAAGUUUGCCUCGCAUCACUAAGUCUUUGUCUCAGUGGCUGUGAGCAAGAGACAACAAAUAAUGAUCUAAAAGAACUUAUCUUGAAGGAGCACCCUGACAUUGCAUCAUCAGUAGUGGUACAAAGCGAUGUCAUUGGAGCACUCAAGACAGUUUCACCAAAUGGAGGUGUUGUCCUGAUAGCCGGUACAGGAUCCAACUGUUUGCUCGUCAAUCCUAAUGAUUCAAUGCAUCGCUGUGGAGGCUGGGGACAUAUUCUUGGAGAUGAAGGUUCUGGUUUCACUAUCUCGGUACAAGCCAUCAAAAUGGUCCUGCAUGAAGAUGAAAAUUUUCGGGCUCCUCAGUGGAGUUGCCAAAAGAUUCGUGAACUCAUAAAGGAGCACUUUCAGGUUAAGGAAAUGCUGGAGCUUCUGCCUUUCUGUUAUACCAACUUCAAGAAACAGUUCAUUGCGGCAAUGUGUGUGAAGGUGGCAAAGUUGGCCAGGGAAGGAGACAAGCUAAGCCAGCAUCUGUUUCAAAUGGCAGGAAAAGACCUGGCAGACCAUGUUGCAGCAGUCUUGCCUCAUGCAGAAAAGAGCCUUUUAGAAGGUGAAGGUGGCCUUCCCAUAGUCUGUGUGGGAUCAAUUUUCAAAAGCUGGGACCUCUUGCAGAAAGGUUUUGAAGACGUGCUCUGCCCCAAAGUUGGCGAGUUCACUCUCCUCCAGCCAACCGUAUCAGCUGCACUGGGAGCCGCAUUCUAUGGGGCUUCAUUGGUUGACUACAAGCUGCCUAUCAACUUCAAAGAAAAUUCCACGCGGCUAUACCAUUUUAAACAGGGUAGCAAGCAGAACUAGGUCUGAACGUAUCUUUUUGUGCGCAUGACCGUAACAUGUCAUAGAAAGUCAAGCUUUGGGUAUAACCUAGAAGAGGCAUGAGCUGCACAUUAGAAGGCAUAGAAUACCAGGCCAUGAACAAUGCCAUUAUGUGCAUUUAGUGACAAAAGAAGUUUUUUUUAGUAAUAACAAUAAGAAAAAAAUUUUGCCUUAUGCUUUUAUUUUUUUAAAUCUUAGAUGUCAAUAUUUUAGUUCUGUUUUCUUUGCGUGAGCCUACCCUCACUUAGUGUGAAGUCAAGCCUGUGCUGUAACAGGGUUGUCUUUCGUUAUCUGCACAUUGUGGUGCUGCCUGUACCUUGUUAUACCCACAGAGUGCCUGUUCAAAGUUUGCCAAUACUGAUUUACUUUGAGCAUGCUACAGUGCAUAUGAAAUACAAUAUACUCCUUGUAAGACAGAAGUUCACAGGAAGAUGGAGGCUUGAAUUGACGAGUAGUGGUCGAACAAGAAAUGUCGCUGGAACCACUGUCGUCCAAAGGGCUUGUCGAAAUGUUGGCUCCAGCGACAUUCCUUGUUUGACCACAGCUCAUCACUACACUUAAGGCACCAGUGGUUUCCUCUGCUUUUAUUCAUGGAUAUAGUAAGAAAACCUACACCCUAAUAUUUGGGCACAUUUUUAAACCCAGUGGGCCUGUGCUUCCCAAAAUUUAAGUAACGAUCCCAAGAAGGGUCACAACACAUUCAGUGGAAGAGGUCAUCAGAAACAGAUUGAACAUUUUUAAAUACUCUUUGCCUGCUGUUCUGCAUCACAAAGCAGCUCAUGGAAGCAGAACCGUAGGUGUUCGGGUGUUCUUGAUGAGCAAAAGGGCAGACAACAGUUUUAAGGAACAACACAAUCGUAACACAUUACUUUUUGUUUUCUUGCUGAGAGCACACAGGUGAGUGAAGCUUUUCAGUGCAUUGAAGGGUAUCUCUGCACUGAAACUUUACUCUGAAUGUUGGCCCUAGAGGCAGACCAAACAAAGCACCUGUAUGAGGUACCUGUUUAGGAAAAUACAAGUUUUUGAAAGAGUAUGUGGACAUAACAUCGAACUUGAGUCUCAGAUUUCUGUUUUUGCUUAAGCCUUUGAAAAAAUUGUCAUAUUUGGCAGGAAGGUGCAUGUUUUUGGAUAUAGAGCCAUGAGAACCUUCUCCCCUUCCUGCAUGUACUUGUACAAAGUUUGCUCAUUUUUUUUCUUCUAAGGAUUUGCUGCGUGGCAUAAUGAGAAAAAUAAAUAUAAGAAAAGCAUGCAGGACUGCAGCAAUGUCUCUGAAGAACUUGUUAACCAUCAAUCAGCAGUUGCAGUUGUUAGGCACUCCUGGCUUAAAACCAGCUUUGCUUCUGUGCAGAGGAUUCACUGAAUACAAAGUCAGGGUGUCUACCAACCGGGAAAACUGGGAAUUCUCAGGGAUUUUGAGUAGUCUAGAAAAACUCAAGGAAAACUCAGGGAAAACUCAGGGAAUUUGUGCUUCUAUCAGGGAAAAUUAGCUGUAAUUUUAUUGAAAGGGUCAAAAGUCGAGUAAUGCUGGCUCGAGUAACAGACUGGAAUGGUAAUGAGUCGUCUUUGACGCCCUGUUGUCGGCUGGACGAGUUGCCAGUGUAUCGUCAACAUUCGACUUUCCGGAUUCUUGAUAAUUUGGAUGGCUUCGCGGCACCACAACGUACCCCAUAGUCAGUGUAUCAGAACGUCUGAAAUUUCGAACGUAAAAGCUCUUCGCCGUCCGAUUUUCCGGAGGUUUUGCCGUGACCGCAGGCCCGAAACGGCAUUAAUCAAAUCCACCACCGCUGCCAUUUUGAUUACCUUGCCGCCUCGAGGCACGCAGAUCCGCUGGCAGCCGUAGCCACCACUGCGGCAACGCUAGGCCUAGCUCCUUCGACGUUCGCUAUGAAGCUUCUUGCCAUUGGGUGUCGCGUUUUUUAUUGAAAGAAUUCGCUGCUGUCAGCAAUGGCACGGACUCCGCCUUUGUGGUCCUCGCGAUUGGUUUAGAAGCUUGGAAAGCACGGUGCGUUGCAUAAUGCCAGUUCCCAAAAGUCGGCUUCGCCCCGUACACAAAUAUUACUUGGUGAAGCACACACAAAAGAAUUGCAGUGAACCAUAACAAGCGUGGGAAGGGGCUAUUGCUAUAGGACACAGUAUGUAUUCCUUAAUUAUACAUGCGUGCACCCGGUAUUUCCUGUCAUAGUACGAGCACCGAUAUGCCUAAUACGUGUACCGGCAGCCCUUCAGAGUGUUUUCGAAUGUGCUUGUGGCGGUUUGAGCCCUUAAGGGCAGUAAAUGACACGCAUUUAUUUUUUCCAACUGGCCGAUGUUUCUGACAUUUUUGCGGCCCCUAGGGAGUUCGAAAAAUCGGACGUAGACUGUGUAACUGACCAAGAAGAUCCUUCAAGUGGUCUGUGGGGCGAACGAGUGGCGGAAGGAGGACAAGAACAGAAAGGACCUACGCAUUCAGGAAUGAACGGGAAAGGAAGCGUGCUGCCGCCGUUUUGAAGGAGCUUGAGCUCAAAAAACAGUGUUGGCUGAUGCGGAGAUGCAGCUGUCCCUCAUCCAAACCAAAAUAAACUCUUUAAAGCAGUCAAACACAACACUGAGGCGUCGUGCGCGGGCUGAGAGUAUGUCAGGACAGUUGAGGUUGAUUUAAGAGCUGUUGGGAGAGAAUCUCAAUUGUGACAACGUUCAGGCCUUGUACCACUGAGGUUGCUAUCAGUUGAUAGAAAUAGCUCAUAUUCGAAAAUAUUUGCUUCUGUAUGCAUCUCCUUAUUAUUCGUAUUUGAAAAUGUCUGACUCGAUUUGCAAUUUUUUUAGAAGACAUUUUAUUUGCUGUGCAUUUUACUAACCCCUCCCUUCUAUUCUCUUUUUUAAUAACAUAAACACUACUCCUUGGUAUUCAAAUUGGACUAUGUCGUUUUUCUUUAAAUUUUUCGCAUGCUUACUAGAGAGUGACAGCAUCGGGUGAUAUGGUUUCAGCCCAUCUUGACAUAAAACAUAGUUCUGCAUCACUCAGGGAAUUUUGCAAAGGCACUCGGGGAAAACCUAGUAAACUCGGGGAAUUUGGAAAUGGCAACUUGGUAGACACCUUGAAAGUACAUAUCGGAGCCCAGCAGUAUAUUGCACUGAGAUUUAUGGUGUAAGAACUCUGCCUUACAUUCAAGAAAGUGUUCCUGAAUUUUAGUUAACUCAUCCAUCAGCAACAGCUGCUUUGUUCGCUUCAAAAGCUUGCACAUUUUGCAUUUUGGAAGGUGUGUAUUUUGGGAGAGUAAUUGUUAAGAUAUGACAGUUGACCUGAAAUGAAUUUUAUUGAGUUUAGGACAUGGUAGGAGCUUUUUGUGUUUUGCAGCUUGCUAUAGGACCUAAAAUGGCUAAAAUACAUUGACGGGCUAGUUGGUUUGGAUUCAUGAUACAAUGCGCAAGUGCGACUGGACGAGUCAUCUGCAAGCAAUGUAGAAGUGCUGUGGCAAUGUCUGCUUCAAUCUCUGUCCUGUUCGUUCACGCUUGCACAGUGCGUCAUGAAUCCUAAAAAUGGCCCCAGUGGAAAGGACGUUAUCUGCAUCAACACAUUAUUGUCUCAUUCAGUUGACACAAUAGAGAACUAAAACAGUAAGUAACAUAGAAUUGAACUUUAUUUUGUCUUCAUGAUUAUGACUACAUUGCGCUGAGUUUUACGCUGGCUUUCUGACAUUUUGCCAAGGUAUUUUGCCUGUCGGUUACUCUCAUGAAAACAGUUGUCAAAAUUGUUGUAUGCUCCAUUUCUAACACCACAGAAAAGACUUAUCAAGGCCACGAUUAGCACUACAUGGUAAUUUUGACUAGCAAGUUCCCUGAAUAAAAUGCAGGCAUCUGCAAACAACCUUAGCUGAGCUGACUUGCUUAUGAUGUCACUUACAUCAUCAGUGUAAUCCAGAAAAAGUGAAAGGCCUUCUUUUAUCUUGCUUGGGAAAUGCCACGUGCAAAUGAUAAAGGUAAUUGCACGCAAGCAAAUUCAUAGCCUUUUGAGGCAAUUUCCUUAGCACUGAAUUCAGCUGACUCAGCUGACCAAUGGCACUACUGAAAUAGUUGUGAUCCAUGCAAUGGUCAUAUUUCCUUUUGUUAAUGUCCUGCUUACACAAGGCAUUUUUGAUUGCGAUUGGACCUAAUUGGUAUAGAAUAUCUCAAUUACAAUCUUCUCUCUUCCACACCUUGAACAAAAGAGCCAAUCAUGAUUGAAAAAUUUGAUCAUGAUCUGACUCUCAAAAGUGCCUUGUGUGAAUAGAGUAUAAUAAAUGUGUAAUGCCCAAAAAGAAUGCUGCUUUGUAUAUUGAUAAGACUGCUGAAAGUGCCUGUUAUGUUGCAGAUGAUUUGCUUACUUUGUAUCCGAUUAGAAGGCGAUGAAAAGCACUUGUUACUCUUACCCUGCCUGUAUGCAACUUGUUCAACACUUGUUAUUGUCGCACCCUCAUAUUCAUUUUGUACCAUGGAAUACUAACCCAUUUUUUUUGCAGUCUUUGUAAAACAUGCCGCACUCCCCCCCCCCCCACCACCACUACCACUACUGCUGCCGCCUUUUUAAUCUUUAUUGCGACUAUUUGCAGGGGGUAAUAAAUAAAAUGCAAACAUUGAUUAGCUCAACUCUGCAUGAACAAAAAAGUUUGGAGGAGAUUUUGCUCCCUCAAGAGCAAACCUCUCAAUAUUAUGAGUGGAAACUUCGGCUGUAAAGGGAAGGAGGUGACCUACAAUUAUCAUAUAGUUAUUGAUUUUAUUAUAGUAGUCCUGUAAGAAUGUGUACUGAUUAAAGCCAGUUGUUCUUUAUUGAAGUUUCUCGUGUAGUUCACAAGAAACAUUUGUCUCAAUGACACUUUUGCUGGAGUUGUUUAUUAAAAUAACUUUGGCACCAAGAGGUUCAUUAAGGCAAGCUAGAAGGCAUUGAGAUGCAAAUUAAAAGCAUUUGCUUGGUUUUAGUUACUGCCUUCGGAAGUGCAGGGGUCCCCCAAAAUUUGGCUGAAUCUUAAGUACAUAGCAGGCAACGGCCCCUUAAAUCUGCUGCGUACAUCACAAGCCAUGACUCUGAACCUUUAGCGUGUCACUUUUCUGCGUCAAACAUGUGCAGUGACACAGAAGAAGGUGCAAAAGCAGUGUUUGCAAGAUGAAAUUUUCGUGUAACUUUGACACUGUUGUUGACAGAAAAAAGAUGUACAGCUGGUUGGAAGCCACAAAAUUUGACUGUCCAGGCUAGAACAGUAUGUCUGGCAACCUUGAUGUGAGCAGCUCAUAGUGACAAGGUCACAUGCUUUUUUUUUUUUUUUUCAGCCAUUUCGAACCACACCCAGGAAUCCUGGAUAUGUGGUAUUGUUUUCCUGCUGCACUGGCAUUUUUUUCUUCUGCAGCCUUCUAAAUUCCCAGUGAACAUAAUUUAUGUUAGCCACUUAGAAAACUAAGUAACAGCUGCUAUCAUGCUAGCAAACUUGCAUUGAUCUUAAUGUUAUCCAAUGUGCAGUGAUCGAAAUCACUCAACACAACUUGGACAGAUUUAUACCGGUAAUGUUGUUAAACUAUCCUUUAAAAAGUGUAACUGUUCACAGAUUUACAUGUAUUCUAUGGAUGCUCUGUUUUAAUGAGCUGGAAACGUAUGCUAUAAACUAUGUGCAGCUGCUAGCAAAUUUUAAUCAUGCAUUUGUUUUAACAGGAAGAAAUAGCGCCAGUUUUGGGUUAUUUUUCGCAGGCUUCCAUGCUUAGAAUUGCACAUGCCAUUAAUGAAAGAGGGAGUUGACCCUAAAAGCUAACAUCAUUUUGUGCUGGCAUUGUUGAAUGUUUGAUGUGCAGCUCAAUAUAUAGGUGCCAUUUUUUCUGGAAAUUUAUCUUUCAUGAACUGUGCACUUAGUUGUCCCAUAAUAUGGAUCAAAAAAGAAAGUGUUUGUAUAGAGGUCACAGCCACUAGAGGUGCUGGUUGUUGACACUGAUAAUGUGCAUUAAUUGAUUUUAUUGCACAAUAAAAUUUUCUUAUUCCAGCUCUUCAA